AUCUGCGCAUGCUCAUUCAUUGUCUUUGGAGAUUGCUGUUUUGUGGACUGAAUGGCAGCUAAGUUACUGGCAGCAUGAGGACAUAGCGCAGAGUUUAGUAUUGACUCUCACUGAGAUACCAUGACCCAUUUCUUUAGUCGUAAGUAGACAGUUACCGUUCGCUCAGCUAAAGCUAGCUCAUCUCGUGUUUAUCCGCCGGCUUUUACACACAAGUGCUCGGAGAAAUGCAGAGAAUAAGGUCUUUGAAAACCGGUUGGCAGCUACUGAAAUCAAGCUGUGAGGGAGCAGCAAAACAAGUAAACACUUCGCCUUCGACCUCACGAAAUCAUAGCCAUGGCUCCAGCUCUUUCGGGCUCCUCUUUGACAUCGAUGGGGUGCUGGUGCGGGGCAGGACGCCGAUCCCUGCAGCCAAGCAGUGCUUCAGGGACCUGGUGGACAGCAAUGGGAAAUACAAGGUGCCUGUGGUGUUUGUCACCAAUGCUGGGAACUGCAUGAGGCAGGCCAAAGCUGAGCAUCUGUCACAUCUGCUCGAGGUGGAGGUUUCUCCAGACCAGGUGAUGCUGUCCCACAGUCCUUUGCGAAUGUUUACCCAGUUCCACAAAAUGCGUGUGCUGGUGUCGGGACAGGGUCCUGUGGAGGAGGUCGCUCACAACCUGGGCUUUCAGAAUGUUGUUACUGUAGACAUGCUCAGGGAAGCGUAUCCUCUUCUGGAUGUCGUAGAUCACAACAGAAGGCCCAAAGACAGUAUUCCCCCCACCAAAGGCUUAUGGCCAAUAGACGCUGUCAUCUUAUUUGGUGAACCAAUCAGAUGGGAGACCAACCUCCAGCUUAUCCUUGAUGUGCUCCUGACGAAUGGGAACCCAGACAAUGCCUGGAGUUCGAUGCGGUACCCUCACAUCCCAGUCCUGGCCUGUAACAUGGACCUGCUGUGGAUGGCCGAGGCGAAGAAUCCCAGGUUUGGUCACGGUAUGUUUCUGGUGAGCUUAGAGAGCCUGUACAAGAAGGUCACUGGCUACGAGCUGAAGUACGAGGCUCUGAUCGGUAAACCUAGUGUGGUGACUUAUAACUACGCUGAGCUGCUGAUUAGACAGCAGGCCGAGAGACUUGGCUGGACCACACCUGUGAAGAGGCUGUACGCUAUAGGUGAUAACCCCAUGGCCGACGUAUACGGCGCCAACCUCUACAACCACUACCUUCAGGCUUCUCGCCGCACCAAGGCCCAGAUGCAGGCCAAGAGUCGCGGAGGAGGUGUAGAUCCCUUGGCAGAAGCUGCUGAUGCACCAAAAAUGACAUCAGCCGAACUAGGCGGAGCGUCAGCUGAGUACGGGGCAGAGGAGGACCUCCCCGAGGGCUGCAGCUCCAUCCUGGUGUGCACAGGGGUGUACAGCAGAGACCGGCAGGAGCUGCCCUCGGACCCGGCGCACACUGUCACGGAGCAGCACAUCUUCCACGGUCACAGGGACUUCCGCUUUGACCCCAGCCUCACGCAGCCGUCCUUCGUGGUGGAGGAUGUGAAGGAGGCGGUGGAGCUGGUGUUUCAGCAGGAAGGCUGGCCUCUAGAGUAGGACGGUAAGUGGCCCUCAAACUCUGGCUUCAUCUCCCAGCCGUCCGUUAAACAGCUCUAGCGACCCUUAACUGGUAGUAGCGGAAGAUUUAUGAGCUUCAUUUUUUUAAUCCAUGCCCCUGAUGUAGCCGUUUCAGGGGCUUCUUCUUAGAGAUUUUGAAUAAAGUGCCAUAGAAUCAGCUGCAAAAAACCCAAUAUGCAGUUUUAACACUAAUUAUAAGUAGGAUUAGGCAUCGAGAACCGAUUCCUACUUGGAAUCGUUUCAAAAGUUACGAUUCCAGCAGAAUCGUUUCCUUAUCGGAAUUGUUUAGAGGAUUUGGUUUCAAAUCCAAUCAUUUUCAUAUGCGCAAGUUUCGGUUUCCGAAGCGGCCAGGCGCUUGUUGUGUCGCAGCCUUGGAGCACGGUAAGCAGCGCUCUAGUCUGGCUUUAUUUUACACUUAAAAAGCCCUGUAAAACGGCAAACCCCCAUUGAAUCCAAAUAAAACUUUCCUCUUAUUUGUGAAAAUAGGCAUGUGACCCAUUUCAACUCCACCCCUCAAAGAAUCGAUAAGAACCGCAAUCGAAAGGAGGAAUCGGAAUUGGAAUCAGAAUUGUUAAUAUCCAAACGAUGCCCAACCCUAAUUAUAGGGAGCCAAGUUCAUUAAGUGGGACGUGUGUCCUUUCUUGCCUUUGUACGACACAAUCUAUAUCUGCUUUUCUCUUUUUUUAACGCACAUCGAUUGUUAAGAAGUCUGGGUGUUGAGUUACAUGCAUUUUUACUACACUCAGACUUUUAUUGAGUAUCUGUAAGUUCAUGGAUGAGAGACAAUGUUCAAACAUAGUUAACACCUUAAAUGGAAAAAUGUUCAGAUUGAUCCAGAAAGAGCUGUAUAAAGACCCAUGUGCUGGCUCAUCUGUAACAUGACAUCUUGUCCAGAUAAAGAUGGAUUUUAUUCUUUGCACAACCGGCUACAUAACUGGCUCAUCUUGCCUUUCCAAAAUAUGCACCCCCCCCCACCCCACCCCACCAGGUCCUAACUAGACCAUAUCUGUUGUUUGUUUUUACUGCUGUCAUAUUUCAGAUUGUUUUUUUUUUGUUUGUUUUUUAAAUAGGGUGAAUGCAUAACCACUAAUGUUGAUGAGAUUAUGUUGCCAGGUUUCAUUAGUACCUUAACAGUUUUGAUUUUAGCCUCAAUUAUGAGUACGGUCAUUUUAUUUAAGUAUUAUUUUGUGGAAAAAGUACCACUGUUUCAUCAUAAAUUUAAAAAAGUGCUAUUCUUUUGUCAAAUUGUUAAAGCAAUAAAAAAUUUUUUAUGGAUGGUUAAUUUAAAUGUCUGUAAUAGAAGACUUUUGUGGGAGAAAAUGCGUACCUACAGUUGCAGCACCACUGAACAUGUCACAAGGUGCUGGUUUGUUAUAUUUGUAAAUGACAGGUGGAAUAAAGUAUGAUUUGCAAGUGA